UUGAAAGCAGUACUGCUUUAUAAAAAAACACAGCACAAAAAGCACUGCAGCAUUUUAGAUUUCCACUGGUGUGGAUUGUUCUCAUAGCAGGUGGAAGGAUGGCAUGGAAAUGGAUGUAUUCCUGCAAAGAACAGCUGGACGAUAUGAGCAGCCGGCACCCGGGGCUCACGGGGCUGCAGAACCUGGAGAACACGUGCUACAUGAACGCGGUGCUGCAGUGCCUCUGCAGCCUCACCCCACUCGUGCAGUAUUUCCUCUCGGGAAGGUGGAACAUAGACCUGCACGAGGAGGUUGGUGAGUCAGCAAUUGCCUUUGGCUGUUUGAUGUCGGACAUGUGGCAUGGAGAGUUUGACUACGUUUCCCCUGAGGCUUUUCAUUCCGUCUUUGGGAAGCGGUACCCAGUGUUUAGCAGGAGGGCUCAGCAUGACGCGCAGGAGUUCCUCAUCUGUGUGCUGGAUGACCUCCAUCAGGCUUUCAAGGAGCCAAGUGAAGAAACACAGAGCCAUGAUGCAGGAGCAAGCACAGGGCGUGGCAAUGGCAAAUCUAUUAUCACAAAGUUGUUUGAGGGACAGCUCAAUUACGGUAUCAGGUGUCUGAGAUGCAAAGCCCUCACUGACAGACCCGAGAGCUUCACCGUCCUCUCCCUGCCCAUCCCUUCCACCAGACUGUGCUCUCUGCAGGACUGCCUGGAAUGCUUUUUUCAGCCAGACACACUGACUCAGAACAACCAAAUCCACUGUGGCUGGUGUCAAACCAGCCAGGAUGCUACAGUAAAGGCCUCUAUAAUCCAGGCACCACAGAUYAUUAUUUUUCACCUGAAGAGGUUUGCCUGGCAGGACCAGAACAGAAGGAAACUCUCAACCACUGUCUGCUACCCAUUCAGGCAUCUGGACCUCUCUCCCUAUACCACACCAUCUACCAAGAAGACAGAGUACAGCUUGUGUGCUGUAGUGAACCAUGCUGGAGAUCUGGAUUAUGGCCACUACACGGCUUUCUGCAAACAUUCAGUCACCGAACACUGGUACAGCUUUGAUGAUGCACAGGUCACCAAGAUCCCAGACUCAGCAGUGCAGGCUGACACAGCUUACCUCCUCUUCUACACCUCCCAAGGCUAUUGAGACUCUGUUAGUCCUUGAAAACCAACAGGGAAUAGGGCAGCAACUAGAAUUCACCCAGCAGCAUGAACCAACUCCUGUUUCACCAAUAAAGUAGAGCAUUUGCCCUGCUACUCGGCUGUUGUGGUCUUUCUGGAAGUGAUUCCUAGAAAGGACAGUUACAGCCUCUAAGCCUGUGAAGGAAUGUGCAUCUGCUCCACUUUGACAGGAUUCCAGGGCUGUUUUCCAUGACAACCCCCUUGCACCCCUCAAAAGAACAUGGAUGUUGAGCAUAGAGAUGUACUUAAUGGAAAUUCUWGUUUUUCUGCUGGUUAAGUACAGGAGGUUGUUUUAAGCUGCCUUUCAGGAACUAACAGAAGGACAUCAAAGUGAAAUCACACAACCAGACCUGACUCUGUGCUUCAGAAGAGAGCAGAGCAUGGAGUAACCAUUAAUAUAUAAGAAAUAAAAAGGCAUCGUUCUACUGCUGUCAUUUUUGUUCAUCCAGCAUUUCARACUUGUUUGCAGCUUUUAAGCUUCUGGAAAACAAUCAAUAUUGGUCUUAAUUCCAUCAGCAAGACAAACACAGGUAACARCUCAGAAUGCAAGAUGUAAGACUUACGAAUGCCAACCUAAUCCAAAAGAGAAAACUAACCCCAGUCCAGA